AUGGACUCGACUGGCAUCCAGAAAAGGCCCGAGGGCGACGCCAACCUGGAGACGUCCUCCACCGAGAAGAACCUCCACGACACAGAUGUCGCCCUGGGCUCGACCGAGGUCGAGUCGGCCGGCUUCGACUUUGCGCGGACCAAGAAGCUCCUGCGCAAGUGCGACAAGGCGCUUCUGCCGUUCCUGGCGCUGUUGUACCUGCUCUCGUUCCUGGACCGCACCAACAUUGGCAACGCCAAGUUGGCUGGCUUGGAGGAGGACUUAAAGAUGGAUGGGAAAUGGGAUUACAAUGUUGCCGUGUCCAUUUUUUUUCCCUUUUACGUCGCAGCUGAAAUCCCGUCCAACAUGGCCAUGAAGCGCUUCCGCCCAUCGAUCUGGAUCCCGUCCAUCAUGGUCGCCUGGGGCUUCUGCACCAUCAUGCUGGGCAUCGUGCACAACUACGCCGGCCUUUUGGCAUGCCGCGCUGCUUUAGGCCUGGCCGAGGGUGGUCUCUUCCCUGGCAUCACCUACUACAUCACCAUGUGGUACAGACGACACGAGUGCGGCCUGCGCAUGGCCAUCUUCUUCUCCGCCGCCACCGCCGCCGGCGCGUUUGGCGGCCUGCUUGCGUUUGGCAUCAUGCAGAUGGAUGGCACAGCAGGUCUCGGUGGCUGGAACUGGAUCUUCAUCCUCGAGGGCAUUGCGACGUUGGUGAUUGCCAUCGCCGCCUUCUGGGUCAUGUACGACUACCCGGCGACCGCCAAAUUUCUCGACAGGGAAGAGAAAGCCGAGAUUGUGCGCCGGCUGGAGCACGACCGCAGUGUUCUCUCGGACGAGUUCAAAAUCCAGUUUAUGUGGGACGCCUUCAAGGACUGGAAGAUCUACGUCCACAUGCUCAUCACCAUUGGCAUCUACACGCCGCUGUAUUCCAUCUCGGUUUUUAUGCCGUCCAUCGUCAAGGGUCUGGGCUUCAGCAACGAGAUUGCGCAGCUCAUGACGGUGCCACCGUACUUUGUCGCCUGCCUCUUCACCAUUGGCGGCGGCUGGCUCGCUGAUCGACAUGGACAGCGCGGUAUCUACAUGAUGGGCUUCUGCCUCAUGGCGAUGAUCGGCUUUGCCAUCCUAGCGGGCGCGGACAAUUUGGGUGCCAAGUACUUUGGCUGCUUCCUCAUUGCGUCGGGCAUCUACCCCAACGUGCCACAGGGUGUCGCCUGGAACGGCAACAACAUUGGCGGCUCGCUGAAGCGUGGCGUCGGCAUUGCCAUGCAUGUUGGUUUCGGCAACCUCGGAGGUGCUGUCGCAGGCUUCGUGGUGCGCGCGCAAGAGGCUCCUCACUACCGCUCUGGGCACCUCACGCUGCUCGCCACCACGACCAUGAGCUUUGUUCUCUCGGGGUUCAUGACGUGGUAUUUGCGUCGGGAGAAUGCGCGUCGGGAGCGCGAGCACAAGGCUCCCACCGAGUACACGUACGAGGAGAAGCUCAUGCACAAGGAGGACGGCGACAAUGCACCAUUUUUCAGGUACACGGUCUAG